AUGGCACUUCCUCCAAAACUGGCAGCAACAUUUCUUCCCUCAGAACUGUUUUUUCUUGCAGAAGAUACUCAGAUUACGAUUGUUCCAAGACAAGCAUUGGGUCCGAUCCAACUAAUAGGGAUUAUUACAAAGAGCAAAAGUGCCACUGUGGUUUGCAUGUAUCUUAAAGAAACAAUCAAGGUGCAACUUGGUGUUGCCGAGGCUCGAGAUGAUUUAAUAGCACCAGCAAAUAUAAUACGAGGACUGAUACGAGACUUGAGAGAAGUACGGCAAGCCAAGGCACGAGCAGGUAUUAAAGAGUUGAACGAAUCGCACAUGCGGAUGGAUAACAUGGGGACUCUUGAGUUGAAUGAGCUACGACAGUUUAUGGCUGGAGUUAUGGAUGAAUUACAGCGACUGAUAGAGCCUUUAGAAGAAGAAAAACAAGAUGAAGAUAUGGAAGAUGAUGAUGAUGAUAAUGACUUGUAUGAAUAA